AUUUAUGCACAUUUGUAUGUAUAAAAAUAUAUUUGUGCACUUGUAGGAAUAUUGUAUUUCGAGCGCCUCUCUCAAAACUCGGCGCUGUAUCACAUAAAAAAUCGCUUUUAUUCUGCAUUCGACAUUUGACUACGACAGUGUUGAAUUGAAUGGCUUUUCGAUAAUAACAUAUUUCUCGGUGCGUGAAUGAACAAUUACAAAACUUUCGUAAAGUGAAUCGGACUCUGUGUUAUUUUGUAUCAAUUGUGAAGUAAAAUCAUAUUUAAUUUAUUAAAAUCAAUGUUGGAAUUGAAAUCGAUUAGUCAACAAUAAUUCCUUGCCGUCGAGAGCACGUGCCACGUUCUAGUUAUUAUUUAUUAUAUGAGAUUAAGACUUAUACAGUAUGGCCGAAAGUCAACCCCUUAGUGAAUCGGCAAAAACAAAAGACGGUAUUGCCCCACAAGUUAAUGGAACCCGUAUCAUCGAAUCAGGGAGAAAUACCAAUAGAACGGCUAUAAAGCAAAGCUUUUCGGAAGAACACAUUGAAGCGCCGUGUUGCAGAGAUAUUCAUGGUCGAAAUGAACCGCCGGAUGGCGGGAUGAGAGCUUGGUUAGUAAUGGUUAGUGCAUUUGUAUGUAAUGGUGUAAUAUUUGGAACUAUUAACACCUAUGGGAUCAUCUACGCCCUUUUGACGGAUCGCCUCACCACACAAGGCGAAAAAGAAGCAUCAAGUAAAGCUGCACUGGUUGGCUCUUUGACCAUCGGCACAACGUUCCUGCUCUCACCAAUUGCUGGAGUACUCACCGAUAAAAUUGGUCUGCGGUUGACUACUUUGAUUGGAGGCUUACUCUCCGCUGCUGGCCUGCUGCUUUCAUCUUUUUUUACGCACAAUAUCCAAGCUUUGUAUUUGACAUAUGGCGUUAUGUUCGGUCUGGGUGCUGCAUUGGCUUACACUCCAACGUUAGCAAUUUUGGGGCAUUAUUUUAAAAGAUAUCUGGGAAAAGUAAGUGGGUUCGUAACAGCUGGCUCUAGUGUAUUCACAGCAAUAUUACCGCCGGGCUUAGAUUAUCUGUUAAGAGGAUAUGGACUUCAAACUACAUUAUGGGCGAUGAGUUUGAUUUCUUGCUUCAUAAUUAUUUGCUCUUUUGUUUAUAAGCCCCUGCGUCCUCCGCCGAUACCACCACAGAAGAAACCUGGCCGUUCUCGGAUAAAUACGAUUCUACGCUCAACUAUCAAUGUGGAUAUAUGGAAGAGAAAGAAGUACGUUAUAUGGGCGUUGUGCGUUCCAAUGGCUUUGUUUGGUUACUUUGUGCCUUAUGUGCAUAUGAUUAAAUUCGUACAAACCACAUUCCCAGGUAAAGAUCCGAAUUUGCCAGUGAUGUGCAUUGGUGUGACAUCCGGCAUUGGCCGAUUAAUAUUCGGAAUAAUCGCUGACCUGCCCAGAGUGAACCGUAUAUAUUUGCAACAGUUAGCGUUGGCAUGUAUCGGUGUGGUUACAUUACUACUGCCAUUAACAAGCUCCUACGUACUGCUCAUUGUUUUCACAUUAAUAAUGGGCCUCUUUGACGGCUGCUUUAUUUCUCUUCUGGGCCCAAUAGCAUAUGAGAUAUGUGGACCUUCCGGUGCGACACAAGCUAUUGGCUUUCUGUUGGGAAUGAGCUCUCUGCCGCUAACUAUUGGACCACCAAUAGCCGGUUGGAUUUAUGAUAAAACUGGCACAUAUACGACGCCACUGAUUCUGGCAGGAAUACCGCCCAUAUUAGGAUCCACAAUAAUGUUUUUAAUAAGAUGUGUUCGUGAAGACGAUAAUUACGAAAAAAAAAUCUCAAGGAACACCAAUACUGAUUUGGAGAAUACUGCAGACAUACCAAAGAACACUUGGGAAAACAACGAACAAAAUUUCAUUGUACCGUUGUUGAGAGAAUCUGAUGAUACAAAAGAGGCCGAUGGAAAGGCAGACACGAUGCUCAAAACGAGUUCUUCCGAAUCAGCGCCACAUUCUGAAGUUGGUCGAUUCUAGGAUGGAGGAUUGAAAUUCACACACAUAUCUGGUUGUUAAAUAAAACAUGUAUAUAAUAUAAGCUUAGCUUAUGGAUUCCUAGUGCCUUCAGGGAUUUUAUUGAAACACAUACAUAUGUAUAUAUAUAAUUUUACUUAACUGUAUUCGUGCAUUAGCACAUACGACCGAUUUUAUUAGAUGCAACGCUUCUAUAAAUGCCAUACAUAUCAGCUGAAACAUUGAUUAUGCAAUAGUUCAUUAAAAUACUUGAGAUACCUAUUGACAUUACAUUUUUACAAGCAUUAAUAUACUUACAAUAUAUUAUAUUAUAUUAAGGAAACCAAAAAGUCGAAUUUCGAAAUAAGAAUUUUUGUUGUUUUUUCAGUCUUAUUUUCAAAUCAGGUUUAUUUAAUAUAUUUUAAGCAACAAUAUGAUAUUUAUAUAGUUCAAAGUAGCAGAAAGAAUUAUUUAAUUUAAUAGUAUGAAUAAUGUAAAACUUCGUCAAAUCGGAAAUACAUACAUACAUGCCAUUUAUAACAAACUUAAA